AUGUUUCGAGUUAUCACUCCCAAAAGUCUACUGAAAAGACACUAUACUAGUAAAACUACCAAACAAACUAGACGCAUUGGACUCAAAACAGCAUUGGCGCUUUUCGUACCUUAUACCGGAUAUGCUAUUUAUGUAUUCGGUAAGACUAACUAUGAAAUCACGAAAAGAGAAACAGAACUUGAAGAUCCUGAAGAUAUUUCAUUCGAAUCCACUCUUUUCAAAUAUUCACCUUUGCAGAUACUGGGUCGUUUUGAGAACCCUUUCAAUGAAUAUAGGAUUCAAACUGUGUACGAAUUCUUUUUCAAUAGACUCAUUGAGGUCUUUCAGUUGAAUAGGGGAGGUUUGCCACGAAGUAAGGAAAAAAUGGACGAACUAAUGCCCAUUCAUAAACCUUUUUGGCUAACGAAUGAUGAUAAUGUUAAUAUUAAAGCCAAAGAUACUACAAACACCAUAGAAGUUGAAUUGAAACCCUUUAGUAAAGACAAAGCAGUAGUUGGUAAAGACGACGCAAUUCAUCUUAAUUUUACAUGGUUGGGUCAAUCUUGUAGUCUCAUUUUACUAGAUAAUUUGAAGAUCCUGACUGAUCCUUUAUUCUCGAACCAUUUGAUUAAUGAAACUAUUGGACCAAAAAGAAUCACUGUUAUGCCUUGUGAAAUAGAGGAUAUGCCAACUCCAGAUAUUAUUUUGGUAUCUCAUAACCAUCCGGAUCAUUUGGAUGAAAAAAGCUUACAGUUUUGGGGAGAUAAUAGUCCUCAAAAACCAUUAUGGAUUGUGCCCAAGGGAUUGGCACCAUACAUGUUGUCUAAUAGCGUCUCAAAUUUUAUAGAGUUAUCAUGGUGGGAAACGUGCCAUGUUAAAUUGAAUAACCCAAAGAAUCGUAACAUCGAAGAAACGGUAUAUCAAAUAUCAUCUGUACCAGCAAUGCACUGGUCUGGAAGGUCUGUUCUGGAUGCAAAUAGAUCCCUUUGGUGUUCAUUUUUUGUUCACAAGGGCUCCAAACCCGUACUUUUCCACGCUGGAGACACAGGCUUUGUACAAGAUCUAUACAAGAGAAUGGCACAUAAAUAUGGAGAAGGCGUUAAACUGGCAUUAUUACCUUGUGGGCAGUAUUGUCCAGAAUGGCAUCAGAGACCACGCCACAUUAAUCCACAAGAAGUUAUUAAAAUCAUGAAAGACUUAAAUGCUCAAAAUACCCUGGGAAUCCACUGGGGUACUUUCAUCUUGAGUGGAGAGUACUUCAGGGAACCUAAGGAGAAGCUUGAAAUGUUAGCGGGAUUUGAAGAAAUAAGCGAUAGAUGCUACUGUCCUGAACUUGGACAGACUAUUGAUUUUUCCGAAAAAAAAUAG